GAGCCUCCUGUCUUGCCCGAGACCAGUGUGUCUCUCUGCACUCCAUCGCCGAAACCAGGUGCUUUUCUGUUCUUUCUCAUUCUCUCUUACUCUCUUUCUCUCUCUUCCUCCAUUUUUAGGGUUUUAGGGUUAUGUUUGUUUGUUCUUUCUUCUUCUUCUUUUCGAGCUACCUUAUAUUCUGAAUGUCUCUGCAUUGAAAAUCCAGUCAAGUCCCGCCAUCUUCCAACACUUUGAUAUGUAUUCGCUCUGAUAUGUAUCAUAGUCUUGGCGUUCAACGCCUCUUAUACAGAACUCGCAUAUCAUACUACGUCAAAGCCGGUUUCAUUAAUCAAGCCGUCCAACUGUUCGACGAAAUGACCAACUCGAGCUGCCGCGUAUUUAGCAUAGACUACAACCGAUUCAUCGGCGUCUUGGUCCGCCAAUCGCGCUUCGAUUUAGCCGACUACUAUUAUUGCAAGAUGAUCCCUCAGGGAUUUUCAUUGACCCCAUUUACUUACUCUAGGUUCAUUUCUGCUUUGUGUACCGUUGGAAGCAAAAGGAGUAAUUUCGAUCACGUUGACAAGCUUCUUAAAGACAUGGACAAACUCGGCUAUUUCCCUGACAUUUGGGCGUUUAAUAUAUAUUUGGAUUUUUUGUGCGGAGAAAGUCGGGUGGAAUUGGCAAUGCAAGUGUUCGGCAAAAUGGUUGAGAAGGGAAGAGAGCCUGACGUUGUUACAUACACUAUAUUGAUUCAUGGGCUGUGCAAAGCUAGAAACUUCGACACUGCCGUAGAGCUUUGGCGUACUAUGUUUGAAAAGGGGUUUUCUUUUGAUAUCAUUGCGUGUUCAGUGCUUGUUAAUGGGUUGUGUAAUGGUGGGAAAGUUGAUUUGGCAUAUGAACUUACAAUUGGAGAAAUGAAGGGUCGAGUAAAGUUUAACAAUUUGAUAUAUAAUUUACUGAUUAGCGGGUAUUGUCGAGCAGGUAGGAUUGAUAAGGCAAAGGCUAUCGAGCGGUUUAUGAAGAGUAAUGGGAAUGUUCCAGAUUUGGUUACUUAUAAUUCGUUCUUGAAUUAUUAUUGUGACGAGUUGAUGUUGGAGAUGGCACAGGACUUGUUGAAGAAGAUGGAGAGCAAUGGAAUCGAAGCUGAUGUAUAUAGUUAUAACCACCUUCUCAAGGGUCUUUGUAAAGCUAAUCGGCCAGAUAAGGCUUAUUUGUUGAUGGUGAAUAAGAUGGAGCUGAAAGGUUUGUGUAAUGUUGUUUCAUAUAAUACAAUUAUCGGAGCAUUUUGCAAGGGUCGCAAUACUAGAAGAGCUUACAAGCUGUUUGAGGAGAUGGGGUCUAAAGGGAUUAUGCCAGAUGUGGUAACAUUCACAAUUCUUAUAAAAGCUUUUCUUAGAGAAGCUAAUUAUACUGUAGUAAACAAGCUUCGUGAUCAGAUGGUGGGGAUGGGUCUACGGCCUGACCGGAAACUAUACACAGCCAUACUUGAUCACUGUUGCAAGACAGGCGAGAUUGGGAUGGCUCGUAGUAUUUUCAAUGUUAUGAUUGAAAAUGAUAUUGCUCCAGAUGUGAUUUCAUACAAUGCCCUUAUAAAUGGACUUCGUAAAGCUGCCAAAUUGGAUGAAGCCAUGCACCUAUACGAGGAAAUGCAGAAUAAAGGAUUCAAUCCUGAUGAGGUGACUUUCAAAUUGCUAAUCUGUGGUCUCAUACGGGAAAAGAAGCUUUCAGUGGCAUGUGGCGUAUGGGGACAGAUGAUGGAAAAAGGCUUUACUCUUGAAGAAGAUUACUGGAGAAUGCUGCUGUUUGGGGUGAAGAUGGGAAUGGGCUUGACAAGUAUCAAACUCAAAUAUUUUAUGAGGACACACUGUAUUUUGAGAAUGGUAGUGUGAUAACACUCGUAUUUGGACAGCAUAAAUCUGAAUAUAAAGGACCCGCUGAAUAUAGGUGAGAGCCCCCAAAAGCAGUCAUAGUUUUGAGAUUGCCCUUACCCUGAUUCAAAAGGUAAUUGACAAUCUUCAUCUUCAAUUUGAAAAUUGUCUCAAAUCUCAAUUUCAAGAGUUUUGAGGACUAAAAGUCUAUAUCUCUUGGUAUGGCACUUCCCAAGAUCACUGAACUCCAUGGAUGGUGCAUGAGUGAUGAGAAGCUGCCAUAUAUUUCUACUCAAUUUCUGCUUGUUGCUUGACAAUAAAGCAUUGCAUGUUAUGUGACAUGUGGGAUGAUAAACUUGUGACAAUAAAGCUUGAGCUGUUCUUUAGCUAGAAAUAAUUUAAGGUUUUCUUAUUGCUCUGGCAGAGCAUUUUUCAAUAUCAGUAGGUGACAUGUGAAUGAUAACUUGUAUAUUAACUUUAAUACAGUGAAGAAUCCUGUAUUUUAGCCCCUAUUGUUAUCAUAUAUAAAAGCACCAUGGGAUAAAUUGUUUGUA